UCUCGUGACGUAACGCUCUGGCAACCGCCUGUGCGCGUGUUUAUGUGUACGCGCGCGAGCGAGCAUGUGUGUAGCCGAGGAUUAUGUUCGACACAUCUAAGAUUCACACAUUUGCAUCUCAAACCAAUGCAGAUUAAAUAAACGACAACAACAGAGAAUGGACCGAGUGACAGUCACCGCCUGCCUGCUCGUCGCCGGGUUCAGCUGUUACCUCGGCGGCAGCAACGUCUUUUUAUCGCUGUUUCGUUUCUCUGUUUCAGACCCGUCAUCCAUGCCGGAGCCGGGAGUGCGGCGGAGCCCGCAGGGAGUUCCAUACACCGAACUACCGCACUUCGUCAACGCUGACGGACUGCACCUGUUCUGCCGCUACUGGGAGCCCGUCAGUCCGCCAAGGGCCCUGGUGUUUAUUGUCCACGGAACCGCGGAGCACUGUGGGCCGUAUGAUGAGCUUGCACAGAGACUGAAGCAACUGUGCCUGCUGGUAUUUGCACACGACCACGUUGGCCAUGGUCAGAGUGAAGGAGAGAGGAUGGCCAUCAAAGACUUCCAGGUUUACAUCAGAGACUCCCUGCAGCACAUUGACUUGAUGAAAUCCCGCUACCCCAACCUGCCAGUCUUCAUCGUGGGUCACUCCAUGGGCGGUGCUGUCGCCAUCCUGACUGCCUGUGAGAGGCCCAAUGAUUUUGCUGGAGUGGCUCUUAUCGCACCACUGAUCAAAAUGAACCCAGAAUCAGCCACGCCGUUCAAGGUUUUUCUGGCGAAGGUCCUGAACCACAUGCUUCCCAGCCUCCCACUCGGCAGCAUCAAUUCCAAAUGGGUCUCAAGGGACAAGUCAAAGGUGGAGGCAUAUGACGCGGAUGAGCUGAACUUCCACGGCGGGAUGCAGGUGUCGUUCGGCAUCCAGCUGAUGAGGGCUGUGGCUCGCAUCGAUAAGGAAAUCCCGUCCAUCAGCUGGCCCUUCUUGCUCUUGCACGGCGACGCCGACAAGCUCUGCGACGUCAGAGGCUCCAUGAUAAUGUUCGAGAAUGCUGUCAGCUCAGACAAGAAGAUCAAGAUCUAUGAAGGAGCGUACCAUGCCCUCCACCACGACCUCCCAGAGGUGGCCCAGUCUGUGCUGAAGGAGGUGACCAUCUGGAUCACAGAGCAUCUCCCGCAACGCUUUUAAAAUUGUAAACUUUUACAUUGGGGCUUUUAAACAGUCCUGAAUUCCUCAGUAUACAAAAAUGUAGGCUACUGACGGCAAUCUCUGGGCAUAUAGUUGAAAUUAGAGAUUGCCAACCCCCUCUGUGUAGACUACCUGUCAAUCAGCCCACUGAUUUAAAGUGGAUCAUGGGUCCCGGAAACCACUUCGUGUUGUAGAUACUCGGCAGCGGUGUCAGUUUGCCUGCAAAACUUACAACUAUUAAUCUCAGCAUGGGGGAUUUUUUUUUUUUUUCCGCCAUUUCAUCAUCUCCAUGAUCGUUCCUUUCAUUAUCUCCAGAGCAGUAGUGUGCAGACAAUUAAGGGUGCAAGGCUUACUUACACAUGUAUUUAUUUAAAUGAGCAUACACUCAGGCAGAUGUUUAAUAAGCCUAUUCAACAAUCUUCUAAAAAUGACUGCAACUGAAAUGCAAUUGGACAUUUUCACACACCUUUUGAUUGAGAAUUGAUGCUGUAGGCCAUGUCAAAAAGUAAACAUCUAAAAUUAGAAAAGUAAAUUAAUAAAGAUGUAUUUUUUAAAAAGGGCCCUUUACUUGGUCAGAGGGCAAAGGGGACAGGGGCUUAAGCACCACCUGGGUUCCAUCUGUGCACAUGCUUGCUCCAUGGUGAAGUGAUGUUUAAGCUACUGUUCAAAGUGCAAUAAUGAGGAUUUAUUUUGAACGUUGUUCCCUUUUGUUCAUCCUGCAUCUACAGACAGAUUAGCGGGCAGGAUCAAGGUUAGGAUUAACCCUCUGGUGGAGGUUAAUUACUUGAUAAAAAAAAAAGCUUCUCCUGCUGCAACACUAUCUUCCGAGUGUCAGUCAUAGACAAUAUCAGUAUAGUAGAAGAGACUUAAAUCUCAAACUUUCUUCAGUUUAAAGGUCCAGUGUGUAAGCCUUAGGGACAUCUAGUGGUGAGACCAUUGACUGGAACAAAUGGAAGACAUUUCCACUCACCCAUACCUUUUCCAAGCUCAUCAGGGAACUACAGUAGCCUUCACAUGCCAGAGUGGACGUGUCACGUUUACUUAGAUGGUGCAUACAAAGGCUUUUACUAACAACAUUUUUUUUUUUUGAACACUGCCAAUAAACCCUCCCAAAUUGUACACACUGGACCUUUAAUAACCUAAAAAACCAGUGGCAUUGUCCAAAUAAUACUAUUCAAUUUGCACAUUGUGUGUGCAACAAAAAUAUUCCGUUCUUUUGACGUCACACAAAGUGAGGAGAACUUCCCCCACCACCUUGACUGAAUGACCAGAGGACACAAUGGGCUUCUUGAGGAUUUUCUUAAUUGAGUGGAGACACACUAAACUAAGUUAAGCUGUUUAGUGUCUUCAUCUCUGCAGGUGGGAGUUAGCGGGAGAAAGCGAAGGUCAAGAGGCCACAGCUUUUUUUUUUUUUUCUCUCUCUGUGGCAUGUAACCUUUUAGGUCACCAUUGACCUCACUGUUCAGGGUUGAGAGCGUGACUCCAUUAAUCUCAGGCUGCAGACUGCAGCACAGCUGGGACACAAGAGGGCUCAACGUUCCUCACAUAGCAUCUGUCUCUUGGUGGACACUUUUAACCAAUUCACUUCCACAUAAUAAGGCUGAUUGACCAUGUGUGUGAGUGUGUGUCUCAGAGCAGCACCACAGUCGUCUUUUGUUUUGUCAAAAAGGAUGUUCGAGAGAAUAGAUUACAAAAGAGGAGGAAGUGGAAACAUUUGGCUUUGAAAUGCCCUUGAGUACUGCACCUAAACACCACAGCAGCCCAGUGCACAUACUCCAUAUGUUACGUAUUAUUUUAUCGGGUUUGAAAAAAAUUAUACUGCGCCAGUGACACCCUUGGGUUAAUGUGUUUUUAUUUUUUUUUUUUAAAGUUGUCAGAGAGUAUAAUGAGAAAACGUACACGUUCUCAUAAUAAUUAAAUCUAGUAAUAAGACCUUUCAAUCUCACCUGCAGUAAGAGUGUUGAAGCUACAUUAAACCCUGGCUUCAAACAAAACGCAGCAAUAAUAUCACAGUAACCUAUAUUUCUUUUUGGUUGUUGUCCGUUAUAAGCUAUACAGACACACACUGAGCUUUAUCUAGUCAGGAUGACCGCUGUAACGUCUAUUUAUCAAGUAUGACAGACUUUCAGCAGCUCAAGUCAAGAGUUUCAAAGUUUGUCCAAAGCCAACGUCAAACACGAAAAAGGGAUAAAACAUUUCUUUUUUAUCUGUGGCAAUUUAUGACACCGGAUGUUCUAACUAUGUGUGUCCUAUAGAAAAUACAUCCAGUGUCCGAUUCAGGGGAACACAUUUAACUGUCACACUCGUGUUUUAGGUUUUUAUCACUCUGAGUUCAAAGGGACUCAUGUAGAGAGUGAAGGGGGAGGCACAGUAUCCACGGUGACCAUUCCGCUCUGUAACCAUGACAGCUAACUGGCAUCGAAGGACAAUUUUUUAAAAUUCCAUCUUAUAUGUGUCGUAACCAGGGUGAUCACGCUAAGACCUUUUUUUUUUAGUUGCUGUUGUGAGCAGUACUCUUUGUUCUGUCCAUCUCAGAGGCCCUUGUUCUACAACAGAGCUUACACUGUCAGCCACCCACACUGUCCCUAGUGGCCAAUUAUCAGAACUGCAACAGCUCAAAUUUUGUUUGCCUGUCAGGUUCCUGGUUCUUCAGGACUUGAGCGCCCACUAGUCGAAGAGGGGACACAUCACUUAACCCCCGCCACUGACUCAGCUCAGUAAGCCAAGUUUACAGUUUAAAUGAAUAGCAGCACAUUCACAGAUGAUGAAAGGAACAUAUGAGGACGUAAGCUCCCUCUUCUCCUUUUUCUCGGGCAUUACAAGACAUUUUGACAGAUCAGGUCAUGCUGCCAUUGGUGCAGUACCCGCACUGAGAGUCACAGACACUUCAAGCACAAUCUACGCCUGAUUGUACUGCGGCACGGCACGGCACGGCACGGCACAGCACACAUAAAUGCUACACAAUCCCAGGUGUAUUCAUCUAUCUAAUAGCACCUCUGCUGCACUGCAGGCUUUAACCUGGCAGGAGCCUACAGAACAGAAUAUUUCAAAGGUCCCACCUGUCAGACUGCACAAGUGCAUAUUACUUCCAUGGUUCGUGCUGGGGGUGGUGGAGAUGGAGUGAGAGGAGAUUGGAGAGAAAGACAAGAGGGAGGCCUUCAGUAACCAUGGUAGCAGCCCCCCCCCAAUGCAAAAUUAACCUGUGAAAACCGUGUAUAUUUGUUAACGGUGCAGGAUGAACAGCAGACGCUGCUGCUGCUGCUCUUGCUCUUGCUCUUCUUUCAGAGCUGGUUGUUCAUUUGCUCCUCUCAGGAUUUUGCUUUUGUGUGAGCGUUGAGAUGAACAGCAUCUGCUCACUGUACAAACAAUACAACGUGCAGACACUCAACUGAAUUCAAAUGAGACCAGUUUCCGCUGUUUGCCAUGAGCACACUCUAUUUCCAAUCAGGCAAAGAAGCAUUUCUUUCAGAUUUUUAAGGCUACAUUUUUCGUUUCUAAUAACUUUAUUAUUAUUAUGAAGUACUUUUGCCGACAUAGAUUCCUUGUCCUGUGGUUGGGGAAGUCGUAGGAAAUUAGGAGGCCACCUGUUCACUUUAUUUCAUCUUGUGAAGCCAUGUAGCCCUCUGCAUGACUAUAUGUUUUCCUAUUGGCAUGAAUAUUCACACUUCAUUUGUGUGCAUGUUUGUCACAUGGAGUGAGAGCCAUGUGCAAAUGCAGUGCUCUUUAAUGUGUUUUGUUUUUUAGGACAGAAGGGCCUUUUUUUUGAUGUGUGUUUUGUAAUUUUGACUUUAUGACUGUUUCUAAAUAGGGUCAGUAUAUAUGACGCAGGACUAUGGGUCACAGACCAGAGAUUGAAGUGCACUGGAAAGCUUCAUUGCAGAUGAUCACAUGAGUGAUGUCGGUGGUCACAUGAUCGGCAAGAAUUGGAAUUUAAGUCCUCUCUUAAGUGCUAUAAAUAAAUGUAUUAAUUAAAAACAUGAAUUCAUUCAAAAUGACCUACACUAAAGACUGAAAUGGUUUAAUUGCAUUUUCGAAACAACCCCUAAUUCAAACCUUGCUCUUUUUUUGUUGACUUUGUAAUUACUGGUCUGUUUUAUUACUGAACAUUAUUAUAAGACACUGUACAAUAGCAUAGCAUUCCUAAAAACACUUGAUGGAACUAUAAAGGUCUUUUAUUUAUCUUGUCGAAAGGGUGUAUAGGAAUUAUUUUAAGUAUAGGCUACUGUGGCACUUUUUAUACCAUAAACCAGAUGCGUGUGUCGUUUUUACUGUUGUUCAGCCACAUGAAGAUUCAUAACACUUUUUUAAAAAGAAAACUGGUUUCAGCUUGUACUCGCGUAUGAUCGGGAAUCCCACAAAUUAAUGACUAUGUUUCUGAUUAUGGUUUUGCAGAGAAAGAUAUUUUACUACUGUUUGUUUAAAGUCUCAUUGCAGUUUGUCAGUGAACAAUAAAUGUUGGGGAAAAAAAAUAA